ACUGCAUGACCAUUUGGUUUACAGAGAGCGGUAAAGUAAAAAUUAAAUACAGGAAACGAAAACCUAUCGUGUCAAACUCAAGUAAAAACGAUUUCAGCGAGUAAACGCUGUAAACAAUGAUUUCAGCAUAUUACGUGAGUGACAGCGACAGCAGUGAAGAGGGAGCAAAGGAAAACAUUGCGGCGUAUCGGAGAUCACUACGAACUGCGUCCGACCCAUUGCAACUUUCAAACAAACAAUUUAUAAAAAACUUUCGAGAAUCGAAAGAAGUAUUUUCCAAAAUACUUGAAGAAAUUACCACAAAAUUUCCUACUGUGCGUCGUUCGGGCUUGACGGUCAAACAAAAAUUGGCUGCUACCUUACGAUUUCUGGCGAAUGGUAGUUACCAAAACGGCUUCGGAAAGGAUUUCAAUGUUGCCGUAGCUCAAUCAACAUUUUCAACACUCUUGAGCCAGACACUCGACAUUCUGGAGAAAUCGUUGUGUCCUUAAAGGAUUACGCUGGAAAUGAAUAGCGAGGAACAACAAGCUGCAAGGUGUUAUUUUUUUUAGGAAAUGUGCCAUACUGGGUGUUGUUAUGUGUGCGGAUGGCACCCACGUAAAAAUAAUAGCGCUAAACAAUGAUAAGGACCAAUUUAACAACAGGAAAGGAUUUUACAGCAGCGCACAAUAGGCGUUCUAAAACAUCAUUUCAGGUGUUUACUAGGAGCGCGGCAACUCCACUAUACGCCAGACAAGUGUGUUAAGAUCGUUAACGUUUGUUGUGCACUGCAUAAUAUUUGCAUAGCCAAUAAAUUGCCCAU